AUGUCUGACCUGCCUGUCCCAGGCACCGUCCGCCUCAUCGACGCCGGCGGCGACUUGUCCGUCAAGCACGGCGACAAAGCUGAUAUUGUCCUCAUCCCCCAACCCAGCUCCGACCCCGAUGACCCCCUGAACUGGUCAUGGCGUCGAAAGACACACAACCGCGCCUGGCAGGUGAUGUGGACCUUCAUCGGGGUGGCCAUCACCUGCGCCCUUGCCCCGGCCUAUCCCAUGAUUGAAGACGAGACCAGCAUUCCAAUGGCCAAUAUUACGACUGGCGUCGGCCUGAUGUAUCUCUUCCUCGGAUGGGGGAAUGUGAUUGUGCAGCCCUGGGCGAUGUAUUGUGGUCGUCGCCAGGUCCUGCUUGCGUCGCUGCUUGCGACCUCCCUGACCGUGCUGUGGUCUGCGUACGUCAAGUCCAGCGGCGAGUGGUACGCGAACCGUAUCUUAAUGGGAAUUGCCAAUGCCCCUGUCGAGACGCUGGUUGAGAUUCUCGUCACUGAUCUGUCAUUCACGCAUGAGCGAGGUGGGUACAUGAGUGCGUAUACAUGGACGCUCUUUAACGGUGCCUUCCUGGCUCCGAUUGCCAGUGGCUAUAUUGCAAAGAACAUGGGCUGGCAGUGGAUUCAGUGGAUUGGGACUAUCAUUGGCCUUGUAACGACUGUUAUCAUGUUCUUCUCGUUCGAAGAGACCAUGUUCUUCCGCAAAACUGGUCCAGUUGAGUUCCUGCAGGCUGGUUCCAAGGACAUCGAGGAGCCAGGAAAGUCUGCUGAAAGCAAAGACACCACCCCCCCUGAGGUUGAUAUCGCGACUGGAGAGAUAGCCCCAUCCUCCAAAUGGCACCGCUAUCUGCGAACCCUACGCCUCUGGGGCUUCCGAGCCCCCGACCAGCCCCCCUUCUCCUUAAAACUUUCCCUCCUCCCCUUCGGCCUCCUCCGCUACCCCGUAAUCUGGUUCGCGGGGAUCCUCAUCGGCAGCAUCCUGGCCUGGUUCAACGUCCUCAACACCACAACAGCCGAGAACUUCGGCAGCGAGCCCUACAACUUCACCACCAACCAAACCGGCCUGACCUAUCUGGCCAACGUAAUCGGCUCAACAAUCGGCUGCUUCCUCGGCGGCUCCCUCAGCGACAUCGUCGCCGAAUUCCUCGCCCGCAGGAAUAAGGGCAUCAAGGAGCCUGAACACCGGCUGUGGCUGGGUAUUAUUCCCCUGCUCUUACAUCCAGCCGGAUUCCUCUUGUAUGGCAUCGGGGCCGCGCAGAAAUUACACUGGGUGGCGCUGGUCUUUGGGAUUGGAUUCAUUUCUGCGACGUUGCCUAUGGGGUCGCUGAUUGCGUUGAAUUAUGUGAUUGACUGCUAUAAGGAGGCAGCUAGUGAAGCUAUCGUUGCUGUUAUCCUUAUCCGGAAUACAAUGGGAUUCGUCAUAACCUAUGCCAUCUCACCUAUGAUCUCGAAUAUGGGCCUACAGAAUGCGUUUAUCCUCGUCGGAUGCCUAGGGGCGGCUAUUUGGGGGACUUGUUUCGUGGCGAUUUGGGCGGGCAAGGCGUGGCGGGUGAGCUCGGUCAGGUCGUAUUGGAAUAUUGUCGAGGUGCAUAAUUUGCAGGCUCAUUAG